CGCCUUGUUACGUACAAUUAUCGCAACCUGUUUUGAAACGGCUAAAAAUAAAAUAUCUGCACACAGGCAGGGAGGCUAACUGGUAUAUUUAUAAAAGUAACAGUGGACUUUGGCUCCCUGGUUUUACUUUUUUUUGUCUGUUUUUACAUUGUGUCGCGGCGUGUGACGUGUAGCUGUUAGCUUGAGGUUAGAAGCAGAUCUGACUCGGGUUCUUCCUCAGAGGAUGGACAGCGAAAUCCAACGAGACGGGAGAGUCCUGGAUCUUACGGACGAUGCCUGGAGGGAAGACAGGCUGCCCUACGAAGAUGUCACCAUCCCGUUGAGUGAACUGCCCGAGGCUGAGCAGGACAACGGAGGAUCCACCGAGUCCGUGAAAGAACAAGAGAUGAAGUGGACUGACCUCGCCCUGCAGAGCCUGCACGAAAACACACCGAGCACUGGAAGCUGAGAGACUAACCUUAAAUUGGACUGUAAAAAUGACAACAAAAAAAAACGCAUCCACACUGACACGGCAUUCAGACAUCUGUAAAUUGUUCUAUGUUCCAGCUAAGCAAUAACGAUGCACAAAUAUUUUGAUACUUUGUAAAAAGACAAAAUGGAAAGAAAUCACAUUAAAAUAUUUUGUCUCUAGCA